GCUAGCACGGGACGGAGAUAGGAAACGAUAAGUAAACAAAAUCCAUAAAUAUUGCAAGGUUGCCACCGAUGAUGCGGACUUUUUUCGGCAGGUCUUCAUCACCACUCAUUCAAGACGCGGGUUGAGGGCUUCUGCGAAGAUGGUCUCCUCAACAAUCAUCAGAGCCACUGUGGCCGCACUGGGACUGCAAUCUGUUUUGGCAGCUCGCAAGAACAUCAUAAUUGAUACCGACAUUUUCAGCGAUUGCGAUGACACUGGCGCGUUGCUCCUCGCUGCAACUUCUAGCGACGUAAACAUACUAGGCGUCAAUGUCAACUAUCCAUCGACCUACUCCGUCACUACAACGUCGGCUAUCCUUGCUCAUUAUGGCCUGACCUCAGUUCCCAUCGGAGCCCGCCGGCCAUUGACCAACGAGAGCUUCCUCGACACCUUCUCGUACGAUUUAGGAGAGUACGGAAGCAAGAUCUCUUACCACUUCUCCGGGGGCUCUAUUCCGUUCGGGGCUGCAGAAGACGCCUGGGAUGCUGUUUCCCUCUACCGUAAACUUCUAGCCGAGGCAGAUGAGCCCGUCACCAUUGUCUCGAUCGGCUUUUUCGAAAACCUUUCUGGUCUGCUCAACUCCACCGCCGAUGCGUAUUCCAACCUUACCGGACCCGCGCUCAUCGCGAGCAAAGUCUCCGAACUGGUCGUGAUGGGAGGUGGGUACCCGUCGGGAAGAGAGUUCAACUUCUUCGGGGAUAACCCGCUUCGCACGGCACAUGUAGUCAACAACUGGAAGGGCCGAAUGGUUUUCUGCGGCACAGAGCUGGGAAGCGUUGUGUUGUCGGGCAGCAAGCUCCUCGCCGAGGGUCCGGCAUCGGACCCAGUUCGCCAAGCGUACAUCUACUACAACUUCUACAGACCUCGCGAGUCGUGGGACCCUCUCACGGUUCUGUACGCAAUGCAGGGCCUCGGCGAGGUGUUUGAAUACGGGAACGAAAAUGGCCGUAACUUCGUCUAUGCCAAUGGUUCGAACGAGUGGAUUUUUGACAGAAACGUCACUAACCAGUUCUGGCUGAAUCUCAAAGUGGACAAUGUCACUGCUGCCGCAGCCAUCGACAAGCUUUACCUUGAAGGAGCAUUGUCAGCCGUCAACAAAACAGCCACAUAAUUAGAAGCUCCAUGGCUGAUGUUUCAUCAAUGUGUGGGAAGCGACCACAUCAAUCAAUGACAACAUAGACCCAGCAAGACCUAUUGUAAUUUAUAGUCUAGGAUAGCGGGAAGUAUUGCAGUAAUGUCUAGUUGACAAGAUAAACAAGAGGUGA